GGACUCCCCCUGGCACCUUCCUCCGGGAAGAACCGCUGCCAGCGGCGUCAGGCCUGCGGGAGUCCAUCUCUUCUACCGCCUCAUUCUCAAAAAGAAAAGGAGAAGUUCUCCUGCCUGAACUCGGCAAUGCAAAGCAGGAAUUUCAUGUGCUGCCUUGUCUGCAAAGCUCUCUGUUUAUACUAUUCGAAAGUCGCCCGUUGUGUAAAAUGGAGCAGUAGUUUUAUUGAGCCAUGCAGUCCUCAACAAGAAAUCUUAGUCCAAGGAGAUGAAAAUCCCUCAUUUGGAAUUCAGGGGUUGGUGGAGGCCAGGCAACCGUCACUAAAAGGCUUUAGGUUCCUAUCCGUCCUUCGCAGCCAGGGUGAAGGGGUGGAGUCUGACAUUUGGAAGCUUAAGAACCCAGAGUGCUGCCUUCCAAUUCUUCCUUAAAGCCUUCCAUCAUAUAAUCAAGUGAAAGAAAGAUGAGCUUCAUCUGUGGACUGCAGUCUGCUGCUAGAAACCGUGUUUCCUUCCGACUUGAUUCACUAGCUAACUGGAGAAAAUGCAACACGUUAGCAGUGACCUCACCAAGCCGGCCUCAAGUACCAUUUAAUCAUAUAAUAACUAAGUAUCAGGGACUGGGAGUGAGUCAGAGCAAGAGGUCGACUUUUCUGCCUGGAAACUUUACAUUUUAUAGGACUUUGAAUAACAAAAGGAUCGAGGGCCUUUUGAGUGGCAAAAGUAAGAAACUCUGGAUGACCACCAGAAGAGGUGCUGCGUGGAAGGACUCUUCCUCGAGACAGCUGAUGAAAGAAGUGACCGUAGCUCCUGCCCUUUCAGUUUUGCGUCCUCUCAGCUGCUGUCCCGGGAGAGCGAGCCGGUGUUUCCACACUUCUCUACGGGUUCAAGCCGCUCCAGUUCCUCUCCUGCUGAUUAUCCUUAAACCAGUGCAGAAGCUACUUGCAAUCAUUGUAGGGAGGGGUAUAAGGAAAUGGUGGCAGGCACUUCCUCCUAACAAGAAGGAGCUAUUUAAAGAAAGUAUAAAGAAGAAUAAAUGGAAGUUAUUCUUUGGUUUGAGUAGUUUCGGAUUAUUAUUCAUAGCAUUUUAUUUUACUCACCUGGAAAUGAGUCCAAUCACAGGAAGGAGGAAGCUGCUAUUAAUGGGGAAAGAGCAUUUCAGACUUUUAUCAGAGCUGGAAUACAAAGCCUGGAUGGAAGAAUUUAAAGAUGAUAUGCUAACUGAGAAAGAUGGCCGAUAUCUGGCUGUUAAAGAAGUGGUUUAUCAUCUAAUUGAAUGCAAUAAAGAUAUUCCAGGGAUCUCUGAGAUCAAUUGGAUUAUUCAUGUGGUUGAUUCCCCGGAUAUAAAUGCCUUUGUGCUUCCAAAUGGACAAGUGUUUAUUUUCACUGGGCUUUUAAACAGCGUAAAUGAUACCCAUCAACUUUCCUUCCUUCUGGGCCAUGAAAUAGCACAUGCGGUCCUUGGGCAUGCUGCAGAAAAGGCUAGCUUGGUUCAUUUACUGGAUUUCCUAGGCAUGAUUUUUCUCACAAUGAUUUGGGCCGUUUGUCCUCGAGACAGUUUGGCACUUCUGGGCCAGUGGAUACAGUCUAAAUUGCAGGAGUAUAUGUUUCACAGACCGUACAGUAGAACGUUGGAGGCGGAAGCUGACAAAAUUGGACUGCAGCUUGCUGCAAAGGCUUGUGUGGACGUAAGAGCCAGUUCAGUGUUCUGGCAGCAGAUGGAGUUUGCCGACAGGCUCCACGGUCAUCCCAGGUUACCAGAAUGGUUGUCGACACAUCCUUCCCAUGGAUAUCGGGCCGGGUACCUGGAUAGACUCAUACCUCAGGCUCUUGAAGUUAGAGAGAGAUGUAAUUGCCCACCACUUGCUGGACCAGACCCUCGAUUACUGUUCAAACUCAGCAUGAAGCAUUUUCUUGAAGAAUCAGAGAAAGAAGACCUAAAUUCCACUGUGAAGAAACAGAAAAUGGACACUCUUCCUUCUCAAAAGCAGGAGCAAAUUCCGUUAACAUGCAUAGUUGAGAAAAGAACUGGCAGUUGAAUUAAAAUUAAUGAGAUGAAGGAUAUCUGAAAAAUACAGCGAUCCUUAUCAUUUUUAUGUUACUUAAAAAAAAAAAGAUGUUGAAAAUGAAAAAAAAAAAAUGGCCAAAUCAUGUACAUUAAUAGAUGUUACCUGAAUUCUUAUAGAUGUUUAUUUUUCAUGAAAUAUUGAUUAUAUUUUACUCUAUUUUAAAAUAUCUUCAAUGAGGAAAGUAUCACAGAAUAAAUUUAUACAUUUUAUUCUGUCUCGUACUUGCUUUUGAUUUGGAAAGCAGACCCCUAGGGGAUGAGAAGUCAUCCCAUGGUGUGAUUGUUCCUGGAGAGCGUUCCACCUGAGCCUAACCUGAAUGGCACCAUCUGGGAGGCUCUGAUGAACUGGGAACAAACAGUCUGAACUAUCUGUUUAUUGAAAAUUGCAUUGGAGUGAGGUUAUGUGGGGAUAGAGAAUUUCCUGGUCUUCAUCUGUGUGGAUGACAAGGAAAAAGGCCACAGGCAGAAGCUGAAGCAGCCGUGUUCAUAGGGAGGAAUAGGAGAUGCUAUGUGUGUUCCAGGUUACAAAGCGAGAAACAAAAUGCAACUUGUUAGACACGUGUUCCUGGGCUACCGACGUCUUAGCAAAAAGUCGUGACAUUCGGCCGCUCAGUGGUAUUACAAUUUAAGAAUCUUUAGGGUUCUCGGAGAAGACAACCCCUCUGUUGUCAUUGAAAGAACCACCAGGAGAGACAGAGGGAAGGUGCUUCCCCACAUUUACCUCCCUGAGUAGGAGACGUCAGCAAAGGGGCUGGAGGAAGAAAAUGAGAGAAGCCACGUAAGACACACCCUCCGUGGUGCCCAGAAAUUCCUACAUCUUACAAAUGCGGAAUGCAGAUAUUAUUUAAUAUUAUUUGUAUUACCAUCUAGUGGUAGCUAGUAAUGCUUAUGUUACAUUUCUAAGAGAAACAUUGUUCUGAAACACA